AUGGCGUCCGGAAGGUCAAAGACGCUAGAUUGCCUAUACCUGUUACACCUCACCCUAGUAUUAAGCCUGGGUGCUGGCACGGUCAAGAGCGCCGCAACUCGCUGCCCCGAAUUCUGCCACUGUGAGGCUGAUGAGGACGGACAGAUCGUAUCUUGCAUCGGGUAUGAUCUGAAGAACAUCCCGAAAGGACUACCAGUGGACACCGUACAACUGAAUAUACGGAACAACGAUAUAGAAAUCCUAGACUUGAACGAUUUAAAGCCCCUUUUGCGACUGCAAGGGCUGGACGUCUCCGAGAACAAUAUCAAGGCCAUACAAGGAACAUUUGAAGACUUUCCCAAGCUAACACAGGUCCAGCUUUACGACAAUAAGUUGACAACUUUGUCGCCAGACACGUUCGGCAAGGCUGCUACACGGAUGCACUAUGUGUCACUGUUCAACAACCCAUGGAACUGUGACUGUAACUUGGAGUGA